AUGAAUAGAGCUGUGGCCACCUGCUGGAUCUUCCUGCUUCUAUCCGCCUUCCUAUGUGACCCAGUGAUAUCAAAAGGUGGCAGAGGGGGUGCUAGGGGUUCUGCUAGAGGUUCUGCCCGGAGCACCUCUCGUGGCGGCCGCACGUCUCGUAUCGGUGGCUCGUCCUCUGUCAGGGUGGCGGGAGCAGCUGCAGCCGGGGCUGCAGUAGCACUUGGUGCCGGAGGAUGGUACGCUUCAGCCCAACGCCCACCGGAUAGCUCGGAGCGUGGAGAUGACAAUUACAGCAACAGGACAGACUGGGAGAUUUACUCUGCCCGAACGUCUAGUGCAGUGACUCAUAGUUUCAAAUAUGGCGGACUGUUCUCACUGAUACUGCCAAUGAAAUAUCUCAUUCCUUGA